UUUUUCGAUGUUCCUGACCGGCCGGAACUUUUUUCGUGUUUUCAGUUCUCGCCAAAUAGCAACCUGCACUGCUAGAAUGGCCAGCGAAGUGGAAAAAUCGCAAACGGCUGCUGCCAGUGAAGAUACUAUUUUUGGCAAGAUUUUGCGCAAGGAGAUUCCAUGCACUUUUAUCCACGAGGAUGACAAGUGCGUGGCCUUCCAUGAUGUGGCUCCCCAGGCACCAACCCAUUUCCUGGUGAUUCCUCGCAAGCCCAUCGCUCAACUUUCGCUGGCGGAGGAUGGAGAUGCUGAUCUGCUGGGACAUCUCAUGUUGGUGGGUCGCAAGGUGGCCAAGGAUCUGGGUCUGCAGGAAGGAUACCGUGUGGUCAUCAACAAUGGCAAGCACGGUGCCCAGUCCGUUUACCACUUGCAUUUGCACUUCCUCGGCGGUCGCCAGAUGCAGUGGCCUCCAGGAUAAGAAAC